UGAGUAAGCCCUAGUCCUCUCUUGUCCUCCUCUCCUCAAUCCUCAUCAACAGCUGCCACCCAUAAUCUCAUUAUCUUUUACUCCCCUCCACAUUUUAUAUAGCCACUCCUCCUUAACUCCCCUCCUGCCCUCCUCCAUUCCUCCCCACACCCUUUUACUGCCUUCACUCCCCUACUCUGCUCAGGGAAUUUGUAUUGACAGAGCAUGAUGGAAUUCAAAGCAGCCGUUUUUGCCUCGGCCGUGGUGGCCAUCCUGCUCUGCUGCCCGGCGCCGCCGGCGUUCGCCCAGAAGCACAAGAGCCUCCCGCCGUCCCCGGCGCCGGCGCCGGCGCCGCACCACGUGGACCUGGCCGACCUCCUGAGCGUGGCCGGGCCGUUCCACACGUUCCUCGACUACCUGGAGAAGACGGACGUGCUCAGGACGUUCCAGAGCCAGGCGAACAGCAGCAAGGAGGGGAUCACCGUGUUCGUGCCCAAGGACUCGGCGUUCGCGUCGCUGAGGAAGACGACGUUCGCCAACCUCACCUCCGACCAGCUCAAGUCGCUGGUGCAGUACCACGCGCUGCCGAGGUACUACUCCCUCGCCGAGUUCAACAAGCUGAGCACGCUCAACCCGGUGCCCACGUUCGCCGGCGGCGAGUACACGCUCAACCUCACCGACGACAUGGGCACCGUCCACGUCCGGUCGAUGUGGUCCAACCCCAAGAUCAGCAGCAGCGUCUACUCCACCCGCCCCGUCGCCGUCUACGAGCUCGACAGGGUGCUCCUCCCGAUGCAGAUCUUCAAGACCGACCCGCCGCUGGCGCCGGCGCCGGCGCCGGCGCCGGACGCCAAGCCCGCCGACGCCGCCGCCAGCCCGCUGCCGGGGAAGUCGUCCAGCGCCAAGGCGAAGGCGGACAAGAAGACCUCGUCGUCGCACCGCGCCGGCGUCGGCAUUGCUGGCUACUUGCUUCUUGCUGCCUCCGCCUCAGCUGGCUUGCUGCUCCUGUGGUGAUGCGAUGAUUGAUGAUGAUGACAUCUUCUACCUCCGGGGCAAUUUGGAGCAGAGUUCAUGCUCCUUCCUGCUUGAAAGGAAACCUUAAUUUUCCUUUUUUACAUGGAUUGUUGCUGGAUUUUAAUUCUUUGGACAUAGUAGGCAUUGUGUUAGGAUUGAGUUCGUGGAGUAUUUGCAUCAUAUAUGCUUCUAUGGUUGCUCGUUGUUCAUACUUGAUCCGAUGCAUGUAUGCAGAAAGUAUUCUACACUCGCAUCAUAUUUGCCUGGAUUGCCAUGUAAUCCUUAAAAGUAGAAAAUGAACUCGAAAGUUGGCGAUUGAAAACGCAAAUUAAUGGGUUGGCGCGUUAAAAGUAACAGAAUGAUACAAUAUUU